AUAUCUUCUCUGCUCAACUAGUCUACUGACUGGGUUUAUGCCUUAUUUAUGUUUAUUUAUUAUGCAUCUCCAUUGUUGACUUUGAAUGAAGGAAAUCAAAUAGAGAGAGUCGUCCAAUUCAUAUUCUCCUUCUUCCUCCUGAACGCACAGGUGCGUGUGAGAGAGAGAGAGAGAAGGAAUUCACACACACACACACACACACAAGCUUUGAAUUUGAAUUGUGAUGGAGGAGGAGGAGGGGUCUAAUCCUCAACUUACAGGCAUAGUGAUAAUCAGUCUACCCCCACCGGACAACCCUUCUUACGGCAAAACCAUUACUGCUUUCACUCUCUCCGAUCAUCAAACACCUACUCCUCCUCCGCCCCAAUCACCCAUCCAAACGCCGCUUCAUCUUCCACCCCAGGAUCCUGCCCCCCCUCAAUCUCUCUCUUCCUUCAGAAGUUUCGUCCAUAAUAGCCCAAAAAUCGUGCCGAUUCUGUGCGUUUCUCUUAUUGCCAUGUGUCUUUGGGCCUCAGUUCCUCAACAAACCCUAUUUCAACUGCGCGACGAACUCCCAAACGAUAAUGAUUCUCAGAAUAACAACUCCAAGUCUGAGCAUACAUUUAUUUUCCCCUUGUAUCAGAAGCCUUAUUCGAGCAAUAGUGAUUUGGCAAAAUCUGAGCUUAAAUUGGGAUUAGGAGUUGAUUAUCGACCGAUUUCGGAGGGAAUCAAUGAUACAUUGAUUGGUGGAAAUAUUAAUCCCAAAUUGGCCGAUGCUACUGCUUCCAAAAUUGAUGCUACUAAUGUUAUACCUGUCCGGGGUAAUAUCUAUCCUGACGGGCUGUAUUACACAUACUUGCUUUUCGGAGAUCCUCCAAGGCCUUUUUUCCUCGAUAUGGAUACUGGAAGUGGGUUAACAUGGAUUCAGUGUGAUGCUCCAUGCACUAGUUGUGCUAAGGGAGCUCAUCCUUUUUACAAGCCAGUAAAAGCAAACAUAAUACCACCUAAAGAUUCUUACUGUUCCGAAAUUCAAAGAAAUGAAAAGACCAAAGAGUGUGACUCUUGCCUCCAAUGUGAUUACGAGAUAGAAUAUGCAGAUCACAGCUCCUCCAUGGGGGUGCUUGCAAGGGAUGAGUUGCACCUUAACAUUGCAAACGGAUCUUUGGCAAAGUCUAAAGUUGUUUUCGGUUGUGCAUAUGACCAGCAAGGCUUACUUUUGAACACAUUGGGAAAGACAGAUGGAAUCCUUGGACUUAGCAGAGCCAAAAUCAGUCUGCCUUCUCAAUUGGCAAGACAAGGUAUCAUUAAAAAUGUUUUAGGACAUUGCCUUGCCUCCGACAACAAUGGUGGCGGUUAUAUGUUCUUAGGUGAUGAUUUUGUGCCUCACUCGCAGAUGGCGUGGGUCCCCAUGCUUCAAUCCCGUGAUUUGAAUUCUUAUCACACGGAACUGUUGAAGGUGAGUUACGGAAGCAAACAAAUUACACUAGGCAACAUUGGAAAAGGACAAGGAGGUUUAAUUUUUGAUACUGGCAGCUCUUAUACGUACUUUACAGAACAAGCGUAUAAUGAUCUGGUCAAUAUGCUUAAUGAUAUUUCCAGCGAUAGCCUUGUCCGUGACAUGUCCGAUACUUCAUUGCCCAUUUGCUGGCGAGCCAAAUCCCCUUUAAGAUCCGUGAAAGAUGUCAGGCAUUUAUUCAAGCCUAUCAAUCUUCAAUUUGGGAGCAAGUGGUGGAUCUUAUCCACAAAGCUUCAAAUUCCUCCUGAAGGUUACUUAGUGACGAAUAGAAAGGGUAACGUCUGCUUGGGAAUUCUUAAUGGAAGGCAAGUACAUGACGGAUCCACUUUUGUACUUGGAGAUAUAUCGCUACGUGGUUUACUAUUUGUAUAUGAUAAUGUGAAGGAGAAAAUUGGGUGGGUUCGAUCAGAUUGUGAAAGGCCGUGAAGAUUUGAGAGUCAUUUUCUAUUGUAAUGAGAAGCAUGCAGCCAGUCAAGUUCCAUUGGAUUUCUCCACUCUCUGUACAUAGAUAAUUUUCUACCAUUUUGUUUCUGGUGUAGUAGCAUCAUUCUUAGUCCUCGUGCUUUCCACUGUGGAACAAGAAGAGCGAAUAAUUAUUUUGGUGUUUGAAGCUA